AACAACAGACUGGUAUCAGCACAAGUGUAAAUCUCACCUUCCAAUGACUCAAAUGAAUGAGUUUCCUCAUUGUACCAACACUUUCCCGAUCACUUCAGAGCUCAGGUCCAUCCGUCUGAGUUGGUAGCCGUUUUUAGUGAACUUCAAAGUUCGCUGGUAGAACUACAGACUACAUGCACAACGUACACGUAGAUCUACGUUUCUGCCCCAGAAUUACUACGUAAGCUUUGUUUUGCUGUUGGAAUUUUGAAUGGCCACAAUGCUCUCACAGCUGAGGUGUAAUCGACUAGUGUCAUCAGGACUCCGCUGUUCCCCAGUUCAGCUGACUAGGGUGUUCCAUGCUACACCAGUGCAGAGCACAGCUGAGCAGCAAACGAUCGAUGUGGAGCCGCUGCUGUAUGCCACGCACAUACCCACAUCAUGUCCAGAAAAGGCGCUGUUAGCGACUGGUUCAGCUGCAAUGGCACUGUACGAUCCAACCCGAGAUGACAUGGUGGCUGCACUGGGCGAGACCACUGGAUUACCUGCGUUGAGGGCCAUGCUGAGGCGUAUGCGGUGUGACAGUGUAGGACAAGAAAUACUACGGAUCAAGCCAGUUGUAAACACGAAGACUGUGGACAUGGAUCGACUUCGUCAGCUACCGCCCGACACAUUUGGCUACGCGUAUGCCCAGUUCAUGGACUCUCAUGGUUACUCGCCGGAUGAGCGGCCGCCCGUCAAGUACGUGGAUGAUGCAGAGCUGGCGUACGUCAUGCAGCGCUACCGCGAAGUGCACGACUUCAUCCAUACGUUGACUGGCCUUCCCACCUCUGUAUAUGGCGAGGUGGUGGCCAAAUGGUUUGAGAUGUUGCAAACUGGUUUGCCAAUGUGUAUGCUCAGCUCCUUCUUCGGCCCCUUGCAGUUGACGUUCAGUGAACAGUUGCAACUACUUGGAAAAGGUGUGCCGUGGGCAAUUCAAGCCAGUUCAGAAGCCCAGUUCUUUAUGAAUGUAUACUAUGAGCGACACUUUGAGGAGCCUUUGGACAGUUUGAGAGCAAGAAUGCGUGUACAGUCUCCUAAUUUACAAUGAUACAUCAAACUGCUAUAAUUCCAGCCGUUCAUAAAUACUUGUCAUGGUUAAAAGCAGUGAGAAGUCAGAUCUGCUGUCAUUGAUUAAUAAAAUGAAAAACCAAAAUAUAAAAGCAGAGACAAAGAGACGCACACCAAUGUCACCACCCAGUGUGAUACGGCUGAAAGAAAUCUAUUACUGCCAAUCAGUGGAUGGAAUUGCUAGCGUAUUGGUGCGCUCCUUGUCCCGUGAAAGAGCGCCUUGUGACGUUGACCCUAAUGAAGUAGUUGCGGUGGCUGAGUUGUGCACUGCCACUGUCGACGUUGUUGGUGUACGUGUUGUGCGCCGGCACGACGCCUUUCGGAUAAUUGCUUUGCGCAGCAUUGACACCUUCUCCUCCAGGGAGAAGCCCAUCAAGUCUUUGCGCGUGAUGAUACCCACAACUCUGCGCACAUUCAGAAGAGCAGUGCAAGCAGCACAGCCAUGUCAGUGAAAAACAAUAGUCCUGGACAACAGAUACUGUGAACAUAGACAGUUCCACUAUGCUCAUCCUAUGCGUAGUGCUCUCACACUCUUUCACAGGGAUUAGAACUGCAUUAUAUGCCACAAAUAGUGGAUUUUUCCUUGACACAAAGUUUUUUUCAGCUGAUCCACAGGAGCAUGUUACCAUCACUAAAAAUACCACUUAGGGAGCAUCUCAUAAGUUCGCACUUUUUUUGUAAACGUAACGCAUUUCGAAUAGACUUUACCCCCCUACCUCCCCCCACUAUUUGAAAGUCUUAUCGCACAUUUUCCGUGUACAUGUACAUGUAGAUAUACUACUGUACAUGUCCAUGCAUGCCAUGGUAUGCACAUGUACAUGUACAUGAAUGUCUUGCUAGCGUGGAAGUGAAUGGCGUACAGUAGUACGGUACUACUACUAGUACUACAUGUAGUACCGCAUCUACUGAGUACAAGUACAGUACAACCAAUGACAUGUACACGCACAUAAACAGAGUUUCUCCACAAAGACUGUACUGUGAAAGCUGGCCAGGUACACGGUUUGAUAAUGUUGGUGUGACAUUUGACACCUCUGAUUAGCCUGCAUGAUUGAUUGCAUGCAGUGCAGGGUUAGCUGAUCUGCGAACAUACUACAGGUAGAUCUACACCUAAACACCAUGAACCAUGAACACACCCUGCUGAAGCGGUCUAGCACAUGCACCAUAUGUGCACAGCACACAACCAGAAAAUGUGCGAACUGUCAUUUUUCUAUUCGAAAAGGGCGCUACCCCCCUACCCCGUUUCGAAAUGCGUUACGUUUAGAAAAAAAUGCGAACUUAUGAGAUGCUCCCUUAGGGGUCGUCCGUAUUUUUCGAAAAAUUAAAAAAUCCGUCCUCAGGCAGAAAGCUAGAGGGGGUGGGUGGUCAAGAGCGCAGGCGGAAUUUAAUUUUUUGAUUUUUCGUACUUUUUUUUUUUUCGUCAGUGACUUUCAUACACUUGUUGCACUGACAUGUAGUGCACUGUAGACGUAGUGUAGGAUCGCAAACACUAGCAUGAUUAUACCGGUACAUGACUCUUUUUUAGUUGUAGGACGUGCAUGGCCGUCGGUAGACCUCCUACUCACUUUACUUAGCUACUAGUACUUGACAUACAUGUACAUGGAGGUGCAAUCAGUGAACAUGGGGUCAGGACUCAGGAGUUCUUAUUUUCGAGCCGGGCAUUGGUAAAAAUCAAAAAAUUAAUGGGAAAAAAUGGGAGGUGGGUGGGUGGGUCAGAGACAAUUUUGCACGAGGACGGAUUUUUUAUUUUUUUUAUAAUUACGGACGACCCCUUACUUCACAAAAGUUUUUUUUGUCUUUAUAAUUAAUAUCCAAUCUGUGAUAUGAACUGAACUGAUUCCAAUUCUAGUGAAUGUUGAUUGACAUCUUCACUUUUUAUUACCCUCACUUGCACUGGAAAGACGAUUUAAUCUGGCUUUGCAAAAAAAAUAUUAUGUUGUUUUCUUGUGGUGGUGAAGUUCAAAUUUUAUUCAGCCUUGACCAUGAAAGUUAUGGCUUGCUGAUAAAACUCCGGCAGUGCUUGCAAUCAAAACUGUGAAUGGUGGAUUCAUUUGUGUUUACUUCAAUUACCGGUAUAAAGUAA